CUUUGUGGGGCAGCCCGAAACAGGAAUUUUCGAGUGUUUUGACACUGCCCGAAGUGCCCGAUACUUGGCUGAGAAAUUACGAGCAUUCGGUCUCCAGUACCUGUGUUCCCUUCUCUCUCUCUCUUUCUCACUGACCUCUGAUAUUUCUAUAUUUUGGUGCUCCGCGUUUCAACGAUCAGGAUCCAACGGUCCAAAAUGUACGGGGCUUCUUCUGCUUGUUUUCCGAGGUUUUAGAGCUCCAAACCUUCAGAUCCAGGUUAUUGGUCUCUAGAUCUUCCUUCCUGGAUAACAUUUUCUUGUUCGAGGAGGCACUUUUGUUUGUCGUACGAAAUGGAAACCAAACAGAGUUCGGUGACGGUUACGCUCAGUCACAGCGCGUUGACGUGUGCCGUGGAAGCGCUAGCGACUUUGCUAGCCUCCGCUGUCGUCAAAGCCACACUUUUAGCUCCGGAUCUCUAUCGGCUGUUAUUAAUCAACGCGCCUACAACCAAAGGAGAGAGGGAAGACAAGCAACUUGAUGCUGAGGGAGAAGACGGUAACGAAGAUGAAGGCGAGGAUGAUGAUGAUGGAGAUGCUGGAUUUGGAGAGGGUGAAGAGGACUUGUCGUCUGAAGAUGAAGCUGGAUAUGGCAACAACUCCAACAAUAAGAGCAACUCUAAGAAGGCACCCGAAGGUGGUGCCGGUGGGGCAGAGGAAAAUGGAGAAGAGGGAGAGGACGAAGAUGGUGAGGACCAAGAUGAUGACGAGGAUGACGACGACGAGGACGACGAUGAAGAGGAGGAAGGUGGUGAAGAGGAGGAGGAGGAAGGUGCCGAGGACGACGAAGGUGAAGAAGAAGAGGAGGAGGAAGACGAGGAAGCUUUGCAACCCCCAAAGAAAAGAAAGAAGUGAAUUUAGCAUAGUGGAAGCCUCCUGUUUGUAUUGUUGUGUACGAACUUGCCUCUAACUUGCAUGUUUUUACUUUUUUUGGGAACUAAACUUCCAUGUUAUUAUUUAGUUUAUAAGGAGGCUUAUGUAGGACAUGCUUUAAUUCAUAUCUGUGUUUACCAUUGCGUAAUUAGAAUGCUACAUUAUUGAGCAGGCAAUGUUAAAUUUAAAAGAGAAGAAAUUUUAUGGUCUUAGAUUU